AAGAAGAAGAAUAUGUGGACUAUGAUCGGUGUAACGUUUUCUUGUUUACUUGGCUCACUCUUAAUCAUCUCUUUAUUAUCUGCCAAAAACCAAAGGGAAAAUUAACUAAAAACUUUCUUAAUCAGAUCAUUAAUGCGCCUAAUCCCCUAUUUUAUAUCUAAUAUUUUCCUCCUAAUUAAGAAUCCUAUAAUAAUGAUUCUGACAAAAAAAUAAAAUAAAAGAUGAAGAAAGGAAACAGACAGUUAGUUGCCGUCUGAAUGCUUCACCUGAGAAACUCUGCCACAUCACAAAAACCACAUUAUUUUAUUUCUUUUUUCAAUUUCCGAUCUCCAAUCUCAGCCAUCUCUUCUUUCUUCACUCUAUUGCUAACUUUCGGACAUUGAGUUGUGUGCGUGAUGUCUUCUUCUUACAGCAAUUCAACCACUUCCGUGAACUCGCCGGAGCUGAAACUAUACCAAGCUUUCAUAUUCUCUGUCCCAAUCUGCUUCACAUUCAUCAUCCUCUUCGUCUUCUACGUCAUUUACCUCCGUCGUGGCAGCGCCGAUUUGUCUUCCCUCGGAAUGCGAACUACUUUCCUCCCCGGAACCUCCAUCUCCACGGCUGAGUUAGGGUUAAGCAAAGAGCUGAGAGAGAUGCUUCCCAUUGUCGUCUACAAAGAGAGCUUCUUUGUAAUGGAUUCUCAAUGUUCAGUGUGCCUUGGUGACUAUCAAGCAGAUGACAAGCUUCAACAGAUCCCGGCAUGUGGACAUACUUUUCACAUGGACUGCAUUGAUCUUUGGCUCACUUCACAUACCACUUGCCCUCUUUGCCGUCUCACUCUUAUCCCAACCCAAUCUCAUCAAAGCCAAGAAGAAGAUCCUCCUGUUCUUCCCAGUCUUGGGACCCCUGAUGGAGGAGUAUCAAGUGAACCGGAACCUCAGCCAGACGACCACAGAAAUGAUGACCAAGAGCGACAACGUGAGUGUAAUCCAGGAGCAGAGAGCUUUAAGGAAGAAAUGCGAGAGGAGGAACCAAACAGCUUGGGGACAUCAAGUGGUUGUUGUAAUUGUAGGCUUGGUUAAAUAUUAUAAGCUUGUGUUGGGUCCUGUAAAGUUUGUAACUUGUAAACAUUCAUUAGAGCUUUGAUCCCAUAGAAGAAGCGGACACUUGGUCUGAUGGAUGAUUGGGAUCGAAUCAAAAUAGGGUAAUAUUUGAAAAAUGACCUCGCUCUCCACAGAAGCUUGACUCUGUGUUUGCUCAGCGCGCUAAAACAAAGAGUAAUAAUAACAUAUGGUUGUUUUUUUU